UCUCUCUCUCUCCCUCCCUCCCUCUUUCCCUCCCCCUCCCCUCUUCUCUUUCUCUUUCCCUUUCUCCAUCUCUUUCUCCUGCACCACCUGUUAGUGCAGAUCCCUGUGCUUUGGAAUUCACUUGUUUAUGAGGGAGUCUUUUACACUCACACAAUCACAGCUCUAUGACGGUACGUAAGGGAAAAAAGCUCACCAUCUCCAUCCAGGAACACAUGGCCAUAGACGUCUGUCCAGGCCCCAUCCGACCAAUCAGACAGAUCUCUGCCUAUUUCCCCCGACUCUCCCCGACCGCUGAGCCCAUCUCGCCGAACCCCUCUGCUUCUCCAUUGGCUCUCAGUCCGGGAGGUGGGGCCUCUGGAGGAACGACUGGAGGUCUCCUGUCACCUCUGCUGGCAGGGGGGAGGGGAGGGGGCGGCUCUCUGUCAGCAGCCAGCAGCAUUGAGACGUCAGUGGAAAUCUGCAGUUCAGACAGUGAUGACUGUACUGCAUUGGGGACAUUAGAGUUUGAACUGAGGUAUGAGAGAGCAAGCAGUUCACUCCACUGUACCAUCAUCAGAGCCAAGGGUCUGAAACCUAUGGAUUUCAAUGGCCUGUCAGAUCCGUAUGUUAAACUUCACCUUCUUCCAGGAGCAUGUAAGGCCAAUAAACUGAAAACCAAAACUGUGCGAAAUUCUCUAAAUCCUGUUUGGAAUGAGACCCUUACUUACAUUGGCAUCACCGAAGAGGAUAUGCACAGGAAGACCCUGAGGUUAUCAGUGUGCGAUGAGGAUAAACUGACUCAUAAUGAGUUUAUCGGAGAGUCUCGUGUGGCCCUCAGACGUGUGAAACCAGACCAGACCAAACGUUUCUACACCUGUUUAGAACAUCCACCACCUCUUCCCUCACCUACAGCAAUGGGAGCAGCCCUGCGAGGGAUUUCCUGUUACCUAAGAGAGUGGGAGAAUGAACAGUUGACUAGUCUGGAAGAGAGAGGCCGUCUGUUGCUCUCGUUGCAGUUCGUUCCCCCACCUGAAGAGGGAGACGGAGAGGGGCAACGAGAGGGCUUGUGUGUCGGAGUGCAACGUUGCGCACAUCUGGCCGCCAUGGAUGUCAAUGGUUUCUCGGAUCCCUAUGUGAAAAUAUAUCUGAAGCCAGAUGUGAAGAAGGAAUCUAAACACAAAACUGCAGUGAUUAAAAAGACCCUUAAUCCCGAAUUCAAUGAGGAGUUCUUCUAUGAGAUCUCACUAUCCGAACUGGUCCAUAAGACGCUGGAGGUAACAGUAUGGGAUUAUGAUCUGGGAAGAUCGAACGAUUUCAUAGGUGGUGUGUGCUUGAGCUGUCAGGUUCAAGGAGAUGCUCUUCGCCACUGGAUGGACUGCCUGAGAAACAAGGGUCAAAGAGUGGAGCGCUGGCACAUUCUGACCAACGAGCUGCCUCAGACGACCUGCCAUGACUGAGAAAGUAACCUGUCAGCAAUGAGGAAAUCGGUCUUGAUAGGUUUAUCAGUCUGAUUGCUGUGAAGUGGACAUGGAGAUAUUAAUAUGAGCUGGGAUGUCUAACCAGGGGCGAAGAUGCGCAGAAGUAAAUUACAAUCUUUGUGCCGUUUCAAGGAUGGGCCACCGGUUGUUUUUUGACUGAAUGUCAUUCAAAGUGACUCCCCUUCCCUUUCAUACAUUACUCUCUCUCUCUUUCUCUCAUUGCUGCACGUUUUCUACACAUUUUGUAAUGUCAAGGUGAAUUUUACUCUUAUGAAAUUGUGUGUAGCACAACUCUCUUUUUUGACCGACUGAUAACAAUGUAUUUUAAUGUUCAGUGCUUUCGUAAUGCUUGCAUACAGAGCUAAGACGCAUCUUUAACAAAACAGGUGCAUGUAAACUGCCUGCUGUAAACUCAUCAGAAUGAUAAACACAUGGGAAGGUCCAGUGCUCCCAAUGGAAGACGUUACGCGUGUAUUACCAACAAACAGACUAUCCAUUUUGUAGCAUGAUGCAAUGUUUACAUUUUUUACUUUGCAUACAUUGUUUUUCAAGGUCUCGGAUUUGGCACUUUUACAUUUACAGUUGUAGAGGAGGGAGUUUUAUGGACAUGCUACAAUUUGAUAUCACAUACAUUAACUAUUUGAUAUAUUUUUGGAAUCUAAUGUUUGUAUGUGCUAUAAACUAGGGUUAUAUGAAUUGAGUCUGCAUGCAUGUGUGUGUGUGUGUGUGUGUGUGUGGGUGUGUUGGUUGGUUGUUUUGUAUAAAAAAAAGUGUUGUACUCUUGAGGGUUUGUUGUUUUUAUCAAGUGCUUACGUACGAUUUAAAAAUAUAUAUUUGAAAUGCA